AUGAACGAUAAGCGUCAAAUGAAUGAACUACAUACAAACAAAGCUAAAAGAAUGAUCGAUCUCUUACCAUCACGUGUAGUACGUGCAUUCGGUUCCGAAGGUACUUACACAGAUGCAGUAUCAAGUGUAAAUAAAUUCAAUUCCCGCCUGCUACGUGAAAGACGUAUUCGUUUACGUUUGCCAUUUGUCGACUCACAAACUCAUAUUAUUCAAAUGCCGACACAAAAUUAUCUAUGGAAAAGUUCAACGCAACGUUUGAUACCUGCUCGUCAUGAUCAAAUAGCAUCAUACGCGAGAAAACAGUGGCAUAAGAAAAGAGCACAUCCACCAGCAAUAAGCACUACCAAUGGCAUUAACGAACAACAAUCAACAGCAUCAUCAACAAAAAACGAGCAAGUAAACGGAGUCAACACAAGUGCAGGAGAAGAUGAUCCACGUACAGCGGUACGAGCUGGUAGCCUUGGAAUGUCGGAUUCAGAUCUUCAUGUUAUAUCCACUGUUGAGAAUUCUGCCGCGGGAAAUGGUCGAUUCACAGGUGGAUCUAGUGAUGAAUCAUCUCAAUCUUCGGCACCGCCUAUGACUGUUCUUGUUCAACCUUCACAACCGCAUUGGCCUCAGCAUCCUACAACUCAUAACCAUCAUCACCUUCAUUCGAACAAUUAUAUUCUCGAUGGUGACGACGAUGCCGAUGAUUUCGAUUACGAUGAUUACGGUGGAAGUGGACCAACAACACCUGGUGGUCCAACGUCUCCUGGUUCUUCAUCAACUUUGCGUUCUAAACGUGGCAGUUCUACUAAGCGAUUAUCAAAUUCGAGCUCACGGAAGACCGCUGGCAGCAAUGCUCCCGGAAGUGGAAUACCUGGAAGUGGAACUCCGACCGGAAAUCGACGACAACAAUAUACACUAGCUGAAUUACCGUUCGUUUGUGAAUUUUGUCCAGCGCGAUAUAAAACAAAACCUGGACUUCAAUAUCAUCUUGCUAAACAUAAAGAGACCAAUACAGACUAUAGACCGUCAACCACAACACCUUCGACCGCUGAUAGUUGUGGAUCAUCAUCACCAUCAUCGACCAAUGCGUCAGCAGCGCUUAUGAAACAAAAAUACAUGAAUCCAUCUAUGGAUCAUCAUCCACAGCAACAACAACAUCCACAAACGCACCCAAUGUACUCAAAUCAGCCUUCAGCAGGUGGACCUGGCCCACAUAAUCCUCCAGGUGGUCAUAUGCCAGGACCUCCAUAUCCAAUGAAUCAUCAUGCUCCACAACAAGCACCAUAUGGAAUGCCUCCUCAAGCAUAUCAUCAAUCCAUGCCUCCAUCAGUAUCGAUGCCAUUAACAGUUGCUGCUCUCUCGGGUUCAUCGCCUGCUACUGGUAAUCCUUAUUAUUCUCAACAACAACAACAACAACCACCACCACCACAUCCAAUGGUGCAUCAGCAACAUAUGAUGAUGAUGCAGCAACAGCAGCAGCAGCAACAACAACAACAACAACACCAGCAGUUUCAGCAACAGCAGCAACAACAACAAUCGAAGCCACCAAUGUCGAAUGUUGAUACAUCAUUAGGUAUUACGACAGGUGUUCAAUGUGAUUUUUGUACUGGCGACGAGCAUGAAAAUAAAACAACAAAACUCCCCGAACAAAUGAUUACUUGCAAGGAUUGUGGUGGUUGCGCACAUCCAACGUGUCUCAAAUUUACUCCUAAUAUGGUUCGACAAGUGAAAACUUAUCCAUGGCAAUGUAUGGAAUGUAAAACAUGUACAGAAUGUGGUAAUUCUGAGAAUGAUUCCGAACUUUUGUUUUGCGAUGAUUGUGAUCGUGGUUAUCAUAUGUAUUGUUGUUCUCCACCUCUAUCAAAAGCACCUGAAGGUGACUGGCGUUGUAAAUUAUGUUGUGCUCAAUUUGGCGAACUUCAAUCUUGA